AUGCUCCUGAAGGACUUGAUUUCUCCAACCCUGGGUGGAGUGCUGGACCCCUGCCGCAGCGCUCUCGUGAAGGCCUUGGAAGCGGCUGGUGUGCGCGAGCUGUCCCGCCACUCACCUGUUGCUUCCCUUCCUGCGAAGCGCGUGGCCUCACGUCUUGCUGGUCUCCCCCAGGUGGCCCUGGUGCAGUGGACGGAGAGUGUCGGCCUCACCCUGGUCCGCAGAGACCUCGCCUCCGUGCAGCUGAGGACCCCCAGCGGCCAGAUCCUGACCUACUGCAUCCUGCAGAUGUUCCCGUUCACCUCGGAGAGCAAGCGCAUGGGGGUCAUCGUCCGGGACGAGUCCACUGCAGAAAUCACCUUCUACAUGAAGGGGGCCGACGUGGCCAUGUCCUCCAUCGUGCAGUACAACGACUGGCUGGAGGAGGAGUGUGGAAACAUGGCCCGGGAAGGUCUGCGCACCCUCGUGGUCGCCAAGAGGGCACUGACAGAAGAGCAGUACCAGGACUUCGAGAGCCGCUACAGUCAGGCCAAGCUGAGCAUCCACGACAGGGCGCUCAAGGUGGCUGCGGUGGUGGAGAGUCUGGAGCGGGAGAUGGAGCUGCUGUGCCUCACGGGGGUGGAGGACCAGCUGCAGGCGGACGUGAGGCCCACUCUGGAGAUGCUGCGGAACGCAGGCAUCAAGGUAUGGAUGCUAACAGGCGAUAAACUCGAGACCGCGACUUGCAUCGCCAAAAGCUCACAUUUGGUGUCUAGAGCACAAGACAUUCACAUUUUCAGACCAGUAACCAGUCGGGGAGAGGCCCACUUGGAGCUUAACGCCUUUCGAAGGAAGCAUGAUUGUGCACUGGUCAUAUCUGGGGACUCCCUGGAGGUCUGCCUCAAGUACUAUGAGCACGAACUCGUGGAGCUGGCCUGCCAGUGCCCGGCCGUGGUGUGCUGCCGCUGCUCGCCCACCCAGAAAGCCCACAUCGUGAAGCUGCUGCAGCAGCACGCGGGAAGACGCACCUGCGCCAUUGGUGACGGAGGAAAUGACGUGAGCAUGAUCCAGGCGGCAGACUGCGGCAUUGGGAUCGAAGGGAAGGAGGGCAGACAGGCCUCCCUGGCCGCGGACUUCUCCAUCACGCAGUUCAAGCACAUCGGCCGGCUGCUCAUGGUGCACGGGCGGAGCAGCUACAAGAGGUCGGCGGCGCUCGGCCAGUUCGUCAUGCACAGAGGCCUCAUCAUCUCCACGAUGCAGGCCGUGUUUUCUUCUGUCUUCUACUUCGCAUCCGUCCCGCUGUACCAGGGGUUCCUCAUGGUGGGGUAUGCAACUCUGUACACCAUGUUCCCAGUGUUCUCGCUAGUGCUGGACCAGGACGUGAAGCCGGACAUGGCCAUGCUCUACCCAGAGCUCUACAAGGAACUCACCAAGGGAAGAUCCUUGUCCUUCAAGACCUUCCUCGUCUGGGUGUUGAUCAGUAUUUACCAAGGCGGCAUCCUCAUGUACGGGGCUCUGCUCCUGUUCGAGUCCGAGUUUGUGCACGUGGUGGCCAUCUCCUUCACAGCCCUCAUCCUCACUGAGCUGCUCAUGGUGGCCCUGACUGUCAGGACGUGGCACUGGCUGAUGGCGGUGGCCGAGGUCCUCAGCCUGGGCUGCUACGUGGCCUCGCUCGCUUUUCUAAAUGAGUAUUUUGACGUUGCCUUUAUCACAACCGUGACCUUCGUGUGGAAAGUGUCGGCCAUCACCGUGGUCAGCUGUCUGCCGCUCUACGUCCUGAAGUACUUGAAGCGAAAGCUGUCCCCUCCCAGCUACUCCAAGCUCACGUCCUAGCGCACCGCGGGACCGGCUCCAGCAGCUUGGGGUUCCUGCAGGGGUGCAGGGAGGUCGAGGGACCGGAGCCCAAGAGGGGAGGCAGUCUGGAUGGCACCAGGCACCCCCAAUCCCUGCGGGAGGACACAUCCCCUUUCUGUUCUUUUUCUGUUUUUCAAAAUUUAAUUUUCAUAUCAAACCACUUGAGUUUCUAUCAAAAUGAGCCCUAAUUAUCUCACUAUUACUGUAAAGCGUUCCUCUUACUCUGGCGUUCUGAGAAUUAACAUGCAAGUGUAUUUAAUAUUCUGCAGUUUCCUGACAUUCAGACUCUCCUUUGACGUCCUGUUGUAGAAAGCCAUUUCUACAUGACUAGAAUAAAAUCUAGAUGCUGAA